GCCGGCGGCGCCUCCCUCAGCCCGGCCACAUCCCCACAGGCGGAGCGGGGCGGCCGGCGCCGGCGAGCGGAGCGGAGGAGCGGGGCGGCCGCCGGGCACAAUUGUCUGGUGUUUCUCAGCUUGAAGAAGAUCUGCAGUCAUUAUUGAUCCUCUUUCUUGGCGUUACCGCUUUCGAAGUGAAGUUUGCCUAGCUUUGUAGUGCGAGCUUUCUUUUCAGCCAUCUUAAACCAAACCAAACAAACAAACAAAGAUUUUGAUCCGUAAAGUAGACAAGCUAUAGCUCUACAAUGUCCAAGUCAUUCCAGCAGUCAUCUCUGAGUAGGGAUUCACAAGGUCAUGGGCGUGAGCUCUCUGCAGGAAUAGGCCUUCUUGCUGCUGCUACCCAGUCUUUAAAUAUGCCAGCAUCUCUUGGAAGGAUGAACCAGGGUACUGCACGCCUUGCUAGCUUAAUGAAUCUUGGAAUGAGUUCUUCAUUGAACCAACAAGGAUCUCAUAGUGCACUGUCUUCUGGUAGUACCUCUUCCCAUAAUUUGCAGUCUAUAUUUAACAUUGGAAGUAGAGGUCCGCUCCCUUUGUCUUCUCAGCACCGUGGAGAUGCAGACCAGGCCACUAACAUUUUGGCCAGCUUUGGUCUGUCUGCUAGAGACUUAGAUGAACUGAGUCGCUAUCCCGAGGACAAGAUCACUCCUGAAAACUUGCCUCAGAUCCUUCUACAACUUAAAAGGAGGAGAGCUGAAGAAGGUUAUGGUAGAGAUGGCAGAUCAUCCACACGGGAACCACCGUACAGAGUACCUAGGGAUGAUUGGGAAGAAAAAAGGCAUUUUAGAAGAGAUAGCUUUGAUGAUCGUGGUCCUAGUCUCAACCCGGUAGUUGACUAUGACCAUGGAAGUCGUUCUCAAGAAUCUGGUUAUUAUGACAGAAUGGAUUAUGAAGAUGACAGAUUGAGAGAUGGAGAAAGGUGUAGGGAUGAAUCUUUCUAUGGUGAGACUUCGCAUAACUAUCAUAAAUUUGACAGUGAGUAUGACAGAAUGGGUCGUGGCCCUGGUCCCGAGAGAUCUCUCUUUGAGAAAAAGAGAGGUGCUCCUCCAAAUAGCAAUAUUGAAGACUUCCAUGGAUUCUUACCGAAGGGUUAUCCCCAUCUGUGCUCUAUAUGUGAUAUGCCAGUUCAUUCUAAUAAGGAGUGGAAUCACCAUAUCAAUGGAGCGACUCACGGCCGACGCUGUCAGCUGCUGCUUGAAAUAUAUCCAGAAUGGAACCCUGACAGUGAUUCAGGACAUGGAAUGGGUGAUCCCUUCAUGUUGCAGCAGUCCACAAAUCCUGCACCAGGAAUUCUGGGACCCCCACCACCUCCAUUCCACCUGGGAGGGCCUCCUGUUGGGCCAAGAGGAGCUGGAAAUGGAAACAUGCAAGGACCGAGACACAUGCAGAAGGGCAGAGUGGAAACGAGCAGAGUUGUUCACAUCAUGGAUUUCCAGAGAGGGAAGAACUUGAGAUAUCAAUUGCUUCAGCUUGUUGAACCAUUUGGAAUAAUUACAAAUCACCUGAUUCUAAACAAAAUCAACGAGGCAUUUAUUGAAAUGUCAACCACUGAAGAUGCUCAGGCUGCAGUAGAGUACUACUCAACAACACCUGCACUGGUAUUUGGUAAACCAGUCAGAGUCCACCUGUCACAGAAGUACAAAAGGAUAAAGAAACCUGAAAGUAAACCUGACCAAAAAACGGAGCCACCAAAACCAGAACUUGGUCGUGUGAUUCACCUCAGCAAUUUACCUCAUUCAGGCUACUCUGAUAAUGCAGUGCUCAAACUGGCUGAACCAUAUGGAAAAAUUAAGAACUACAUACUCAUGAGGAUGAAGAGUCAGGCUUUCAUUGAAAUGGAGACCAGAGAAGAUGCUUUAGCGAUGGUUGAACAUUGUGCCAACAAAGCUCUUUGGUUCCAAGGCAGAUGUGUGAAAGUGGAUCUAUCUGAAAAAUACAAGAAAUUGGUGUUAAGGAUUCCAAACAAGGGAGUUGAACUUCUGAAAAAGGAUAAAACUAGAAAGAGAACAUAUUCUCCAGACAGCAAAGACUCUCCAAGUGAUAAGAAGUCUAAGACUGAUGCUACUCAGAAACCUGAAAGUGGCACUGUAGAAGAUAAAGUAAAAGAGGAGAAGCAAGAUGAUGCUGCUGAGCCAUCAGGCACUAAAAGCAGUGAGCAGGCAGACCAAGAUGAGCCUAGUUUACUCCUUGAAUCUGAAGAUGAGCUUCUAGUGGAUGAGGAGGAAGCAGCAGCGCUGCUGGAAAGUGGCAGCUCAGCAGGAGAUGAUGCAGAUGUUGCCAAUUUAACUGAUGUGACUACCGAAGAAAAAAAGGACCCGGCUGAUGAUGUGACCGUAAAAACCGAGGGAAAUGUUGUGGCCAAUCCAGCAGCAAAGAAAAAGCUUAAAAAGCGAUACGUGGGUGGCUUUCCACGGAGCAUGGAAGGCUUUGUCACUCUAGAUGAGGUUGGUGAUGAAGAAGAUUCAGAUCAUCAAAAACUUCGGAAGUCGGGUUUGGCAGUAAAAUCUGCUGGCAAAAAUGAUGAUAGUUUGGCAGAAAUCAAAGUAGACAAGAUUGAGGAGCCAGAGCAGGAAAAUGAAACGUUAGAAAAUGGUACCAAGACUGAAGAUAAUCUGAAGGCUGAAGCUGUUGAAGCUUCCGAUCCCACAACAGCGCAAGAUCCUGAGAAAAAUGCCCAUGAAAAUAUAGACACCCAGGAAGAACAGGAAACAAAGAAUGUCCAAGAGAAAGCUCUUAUUCCAGAUGAAUUUAGGAUUGGGCCAUACCAGCCAAAUGUUCCUGUUGGUGUGAAUUAUGUGGUACCCAAAACAGGGUUUUAUUGCAAAUUGUGUUCCCUGUUCUACACAAAUGAAGAUGUUGCAAAAAAGACCCAUUGCAGCAGCCUUCCUCAUUAUCAAAAGUUGAAGAAAAUUCUGGAUAAAAUGGCAGAAGACUACAGGCAAAAGAAAGAAGCGUAAAAAGAAGGAUGGAUGUAAGGAAAACAGUGGCUUUGUUCUUAAUGUUAAUCUUUUUUUUAAGAGCAGUACAAGUAGUAGAUGGAAAUACUGUAUUCUUUUUUUUUGUUUUGUUUUAGUGAGAUACAGUAGAUGUUAUAGGUCUGUUCAUGUGUUCAGUGUUGUAGCAAAAAGCAUAAGCAGUUAAGUUAAUGAAAAAAAUUUGUUCUUAAUGUGGGAAUGGCAACAAGUUUUCGUUUUGACACUGAGCUGUAAAAGAAAAAAUCUUGCAUCCUUGUGGAAAGCUCAUCUAUGGCAAGAAAAUUUCCUUGAAGUGAAAUUUCCUACUUUCAAGCUUCGAAAAUUCGUCUAUCCAUUCUCAAUAAAAAAUAAAAAGUAACACUGUAUUUUUAUUUCAUCUAGAACAUUCCGUAUUUCAGUCUGAGCCUAGCAGAUACUUAAUUUGGAGUGUAAGGCUGUCAUUGCAUUUCACUUUUGAAAAGUCUUUAAAUGUAAGUUGCAUUUUUAAAUGUUGAAUUGCAGUUUCUUUUAAUGUCAUUGUUGUUACAUAGCAAAUAGGAAAAUUAGUGAUUAGUCAGCUUUACAACUUUGUGAUUUUUUUUUUCCUAAGCUCUUGAUAGACUUUCCUAUUCAGCUAUACCUUGUAUUUUUAGUGAAAAGUAAAUGCCCAUUCUCCUCUGACCAGUAUUAUUUCCUCAAGCUCUUCCUGCUUUCACUUGAAUCUUGCAGCUGUCGUACACCUCUGCUAUAUUCAAAAGCAGCAUUUGAGUCCUGAAAUGUUAAAAAAAAAAAAAAAAAUCAAAAAAAGCAGUAUCUUUAUAUUCUUCACAUGUAAUUUUUCAUACCUGCAUUUUAAAACUGUUUCUGUUGAUCUGGUUUUGUCAAGAAUCUUUUAGAACUGUGCUCUUAAUGUACCUGCACAUGUGAUAUGUGAACAGGAAUUUGCAUGUGUAACCUGUGUUUAUCCGUAGUUUUUGUUAUUUACUGCUUAUUUGUGAAUUCAGGUUACUAAAGUGAUUUACCAAUAAACAAAGCUAGGCAACAGUAA